AUGAAGCAGUUGCAGGCUGAACAUCUGGACGAGGAUGAUCUCGAGCUGGACGAUCUAGAGCAGGACGAUCUAGAGCUGGAUGACCUAGAGCUGGAUGAUUUAGAGCAGAAAAAUCUAGAGGAGGACGAUCUAGAGCUGGAUGACCUAGAGCUGGAUGAUUUAGAGCAGGACAAUCUAGAGGAGGACGAUCUAGAGCUGGAUGACCUAGAGCUGGAUGAUUUAGAGCAGGACAAUCUACAGGAGGACGAUCUAGAGCUGGAUGACCUAGAGCUGAAUGAUUUAGAGCAGAAAAAUCUAGAGGAGGACGAUCUAGAGCUGGAUGACCUAGAGCUGGAUGAUUUAGAGCAGGACAAUCUAGAGGAGGACGAUCUAGAGCUGGAUGACCUAGAGCUGGAUGAUCUAGAGCUAGACAAUCUGGAGCUGGAAGAUCUAGAGCAGGAUGAUCUGCAGCUGGAUGAUCUAGAGAUGGAUGAUCUAGAGCAGGACAAUCCAGAGCAGGAUGAUCUAGAGCUGGAUGACCUAGAGCAUUACGAUCUAAAGCGGGAUGAUCUAGAUCCGGACAGUCUAGAGCUGGAAGAUCUAGAGCAAGAAGAUCUAGAGCAAGAUGAUCUAAAGCAGGAUGAUCUAGAGCUAGACAAACUAGAGCAGGAUGAUCUAGAGCAGGAUGAUCUAGAGCAGGACGAUCUACAGCUGGAUGACCUAGAGCUGGAUGAUUUAGAGCAGGAUGAUCUAGAGCUAGACAAUCUAGAGCUAGAAGAUCUAGAGCUGGAUGAUCUACAGCAUUACCGUCUACAGCAAGAUGAUCUAGAUCUGGACAGUCUAGAGCUGGAAGAUCUAGAGCAAGAUGAUCUAGAGCAGGAUUAUCUAGAGCUAGAUGAUCUAGAGCUGGAUGAUCUAGAGCAGGAUGAUCUAGAGCUAGACGAUCUGGAGCUAGAUGAUCAAGAGCUGGAUGAUCUAGAGCUGGAUGAUCUGGAGUUGGAUCAUCUGGAGCUGGACAAUGAUGAUGUAGAGCUGGAUGAUCUAGAGCAGGAUGAUCUAGGUCAGGACGAUCUAGAGCAGGAUGAUCUAGAGCUGGAUGAUCUAGAGCAGGACGAUCUAGAGCUGGAUGAUCUAGAGCAGGAUGAUCUACAGCAUUACCGUCUACAGCAAGAUGAUCUAGAUCUGGACAGUCUAGAGCUGGAAGAUCUAGAGCAAGAUGAUCUAGAGCAGGAUGAUGUAGAGCUGGAUGAUCUAGAGCUGGAUGAUCUAGAGCAGGAUGAUGUAGAGCUGGACGAUCUAGAGCUGGAUGAUCUAGAGCAGGAUGAUCUAGAGCAGGAUGAUCUAGAGCUGGAUGAUCUAGAGCUGGAUGAUCUAGAGCAGGAUGAUUUAGAGCUGGACGAUCUAGAGCUGGAUGAUCUAGAGCAGGAUGAGGUAGAGCAGCCACAGCAGAACACACAGAGUCCCGAACCAGGCGUCCACACUGAUGAUGUCAAACACCCCGUCCACCAACCACGGUUCGCCACCGCUGUGACGAGCGUCUGGAGCCUUGACCAGGAGGAGGUCCGGGUCCAGGCAGGGCGACGCCCCUCCAUCUUUACACCUGAUGACCAUGAUGACAGUCAGACCGAUCAGCCGACUGAAACCUCCUCCUGUUUCUGA